CGAAGGGAACACUGACAGCGUCGCAUCAAACAAGAAAGUAUUCUCUUCUCCCUCAAUUAACCCAGUUUCCCCUCCCCCCCCCCCCACAUGGCGUCCAAUUCUAGUAUAGACAUUAAGGGUGCGACCCAGCAUCUCCGGGACAUCCUCAAGCUCGACCGCCCCGGGAACAACACCGAUGCAUCAAGUGAUGGCCUGAGAAUGCCAUCAUUUAAUGGAGAGCUGAAUGGUUUAUUGGGAGCAGCCGGCCUUCUGGGAGGCACCGACCGGUCAACCAUGUCGGACUCCACCAGACCCAUCUCCACAGACCUCUGCAGCACUCAGGAGUGUCAGAUAAUCUGCCUUUCUGGUGACGAUGGCUCCACCUGUAUCCCCAUCACCUCCAACAACGUGGAGAUAGUGGCAAGUCAGGAUACCAGCAUCAACAGCAAGGCUCGUGGCAGUAACAAGGUGAAGAUUCAACCUGUUGCCAAGUACGACUGGGAACACAAGUAUUAUUAUGGCAGACUGAUCGCCGUGUCCAACUCCUUCCUGGCUUACGCCAUCAGAGGAGCCAACAACCACGCAAUGAUCCGCGUCCUGAGCGUGAGCUUCACUGAGCGCUCGCUGCUGAAGGGCUUCACCGGAGCGGUCACAGAUCUGGCUUUUGCCCACCUCGACUCCUCGCUGCUGGGCUGUGUCGACGAGGCGGGCAACCUGAUGGUCUGGCAGCUCACCUGCACUGGGAGCAAGAUACUUGAUCAGAUCGUGGUUCACAUCCGACGGCCAGAAGACUCUCCGCUGAGCUCCUACCGCCGCCUCAUCUGGUGCCCGUUCAUCCAGGAUGAGGACAACCAGGACGACACCAGCCAGACCCUCGCCCUUCUCCACGAAGACCUGGCUGAGGUGUGGGACCUGGAGGUGUUGAGAGCCAACCACAGCAGCUGGCCCGUAGAUGAAGCUGACGUAAAAGAAGGCCUCAUCCAAAUCGAUGGACAUACCCAGCGAGUCAGUGAGGGGGCCUUGUCUCCAGAUGGAACGGUGUUGGCCACGGCCAGCCACGACGGCUACAUCAAGUUCUGGCAGAUCUACAUCGAAGGGGUUCAAGACAAGCCGAGGUGUCUUCACGAAUUGCGGCCUCACGGAGGACGGCCCCUGUCCUGCCUUCUCUUCUGUGACAACCACAAAAGACAGGACCCCGAGUUAGUACACACCUGUGCACACGCACACCACUCUCAGGCUGUUGCUCUCUUCACAUUCCUCUCCUCCUCUCCUCUUUGUAGUGUUCCUUUCUGGCGGUUCCUUAUAACUGGAGCGGAUCAGAACCAGGAGUUGAAAAUGUGGUGCACAGUUUCCUGGACCUGCUUACAGACCAUCAGGUUUUCCCCAGAUCUGUUCAACUCGUCAGUUCUGCCGAGUCUGAAGGCCAGUCUGGACCUCGCUUCCGAGUUUCUGGUCCUCACCGACGUCCAGAGGAAGGUCCUGUACGUGAUGGAGCUCCGGCAGGACCUGGACAAAGGGAAGGCCAGUUUCACAGCGGUGUCCGAGUUCUUGCUGACCCACCCCGUGCUCAGCUUCGGGGUCCGGGAUGUCGCCCACUGCCGAUUGCGCCACACCGAGGUCCUCCCUGCAGAGGAGGAGAGUGAGAGCAUGACAGCAGAGGGAACUCAAGGACCAACAGAGUCCAAGUCUGGGAUCCAAAUUAAACUUUACUGUGUCCACACCAAGAGUCUGCAGGAUGUCCAGAUCUGGUUUCAGCCCAACUUGAGUUCCACACUCUUCUUGACCAACUCUGAGCCUCAGGAUGGUUUUGGGUUCUCAGACCAUCUCACUGACCAGAGCUCCGACAAGGAAUCAGGAAGUGGCUCCCAGACCGACCUCAGGAAGAUCCCAUCACUUCCUGCUACCACUGACUUCCUGUCAAACUCGGGUGCCAGCAGUCGCACCAAGCUGAUGACUCCCGAUGCCUUCAUGACACCCAGCACUUCGGUACCAGCUUCUCCCGGCAGCAGCGCCAGCAGUCUGACCAUCGUGACGGCCCUCAGCAGCAACUCUGACUCCACGAACAGAGCCAUGGACGAAGUCAGCCAGAGUCCGAGCAGAGCGGAGAACAUCGGCGGCAGCCUGACGCUCUCCACCAGCAGCCCGAGGGCGGUGUCCGGUGUGCUUAUGCCUGGACUGGAGAACAUUCAGCCAUUAGCUUCCCCGAGCGGGCCUCUCGCACUCGACAGCCCUCAGGUUCUGGACUCUCCCCUCCUGCCCCCCCUGGCCUCUCCGACCAGGGCCCGCUCCCCCGACGUCAUCUCCUCCGCCUCCACGGCCAUGUCCCAGGACAUGCCCGAGAUCGCGUCCCAGACGCUGCAGCUGCAGCGCGGUCUCGUGUCCAGCCUGGAGCCGCUACCUCUCUCUGCUCUCCAGACGGACAGCAUGGCGUCCGCCGCAUCCGCCCUGCACCUCCUCACCUCCCCGCGCACGGCUAACAACGGCUUGUUGCCUCUCGAGCUCGGCGGUGCCGACGGGCUCGUGGGCGGGGCGGUGGAGCCCGAGCCCAGACUCAAUCACACCCCGUCGCUACUGGAGAACGCCUUAUCGCAGGAGAACCCCGGGGCCGGGGGGGGGUCUCCAGACGGCGGUGUUGGCCACACACCGUGGCCGGCUGCGCCCGACAUCACCAGAGAAACCAGGAACAGUCUCAGGGACAACGGCCUUGGGGAAUGCUCAAGAGACGAGUCGAAGGACAGACACCUGGGCUCGCCGUACCACCGGCGCUCCUAUCACCUCGCACACAACGACAGUCAGGACGCCGGCGCGGAGCAGAGUGACCCUGACGACGAGGUGGCCAGCCUGGCGUCGUCCUCAGGAAACUGUGGCUCUCGUUCCUCUCACAGGCUGCCGGUUAAGGACUGGAAGACGUCGCCGCGAUCCUCGCCGAAAGUGAAGAGGAAGACGAAGAAAGAUGACAAUGAAUUGUCUCAGUCCAGGCAGAUGGACUCUGGACAGAUGAACACCGAGGUGCAGGACGAGCUGCUGAUGCUCCUGCGCAGCCAGCAGAGGGAGCUCACGGACCUGCGUGGUCAGAUCGAAGCCAUGCAGAGCACCAUCAUGGCCCAAGUGGAGCACGUCCUCAACAACCACCAGGAACAAGAGCAGCGCCGACUAGAGCGAGCUCUAGCCGAGAGUCAGAAUCAUCAGCAGCAGCUUCAGGAGCAACUCGGCCAGCAGCUCAGCGACACGCUCAGCACGGUGCUGACCAACCGGAUGGACAAGGUGCUCCGGGAGGAAAUGAAGAAGACCGUCCCGCCAGCGAUCUCCAAGAGUCUGGACCCGGUGACGGGGCAGCUGAGCAACACAAUCGCUGCCAAGCUGACCGCUGUGGAGAUCACCCUGAAGGACAACGUCAGCAAGGUGGUCAAGUCCAAGAACAUAACGGACGCUAUUGGCCGAGCGGCGGCCGAUGCCUUGCAGGGGCCCAUCCAGGCGGCCUACAAAGACGCCUUCCAGGGCACCGUGCUGCCCGUGUUUGAGAGAGGCUGCCAGUCCAUGUUCCAACAGAUCAACGACAGCUUUAAACAAGGCACACAAGAAUACAUCCUGCAGCUGGAGAGCCACAUGAAUGCCAGGAAGCAGAGGGAGCAGGAGGCGCGCGACCCCGUGAUCAGCCAACUGCAGCAGACCAUCGAGAGCUUCCUGAACUCCACCGAGCAGCUGACCAGCAGCAUCACGGCCAACGUGCGCGCAGAGGUCCAGCACCAGAUCCAGAUGAUGGUGGGAAAUCUGCAGGAGUCUAUUCUUAGCCACGUGCAGCGGAUCGUCAAAGGGGAGGUGACCCUCGCCAUGAAGGAGCAGCAGGUGGCGGUCACCUCCAGCAUCAUGCAGGCGAUGAGGUCAGCGGCCAGCACGCCGGUCCCCACGGCGCACCUCGACUACCAGACGCAGCAGGCCAACAUCCUGCAGCUCCUCCAGCAGGGCCAGCUGAACCAGGCUUUCCAGCAGGCUCUGUCUGCGACGGAUCUGAACCUGGUCCUCUACGUGUGCGAGACCAUCGACUCCCAGCAGGUGUUCGGGCAGCACCCGUGCCCCCUCAGCCAGCCCGUGCUGCUGUCGCUCAUCCAGCAGCUCUCCUCCAGCCUCACCACCCGCUCCGAGCUCAAGAUCAGCUACCUGGAGGACGCCGUGAUGAAUCUGGACCACGGCGACCCGCUGACCAGAGACCACAUGUCCUCCGUGUUGGCCCAGGUGCGGCCGAAGCUGUUCGCCUUCCUGCAGCAGGACCCCCACAGCCCGCUCAGCAAGAGGGCGCGGCGCCUCAUGAUGAUGCUGCAGGGGCUCGUCAGCCACUAGGCGCCCGCCGAGGGAGCGGCGCCGGAGGGCCGCCCACUCCAGAGAUAGCGGAGCCACACGAGUCCAUUUAUUGUUUUGCAAGUCCAUGUCAAACCCCAGAACCCCCCCCCCCCCACACACACACCUCUGAGCAGCAGUUGUUGUUGGAUGGAGGAGGAGGGCUCUGAAGUGACUGAGUUUGCCUGGGUCAAGAUGACGGAUCCCUCCAGCCCGCAUGUCAGACACGCAACCCCCCCUGCUCCCCCUGCACUAGUGAAGUGUCGCGUUAGGGAAUGGAAGCUGUCGUUGUUUCCGUUAGUUUUUUUUCUUCUUUCCUCGACAUAACACAAUAACGGUCCGGACAUCUCUCGGUCCGCUGUAGGUUCUUGGAGACCUUCACCCUGACCCCCCCGGAGCGGUACCGGUCGCCCCUCAUUGUUUGAUCUCCCACCACGGAAAACCCUGAAUGCCGUGCCGACAGCCGGGGGCUGAACUGUCGUUCCCGGCGGCGCCGUGACCCGGCGCUCCUCCUGCGGCCGCUCCCUCGAGAUGUGCACGCGAGUCCGGAUGUUCCGCGAGGCCCGGUUCCUUUUCCUUCCGGGCCUUUUUUCUUUAUUGUCGAACACGGAGCAGAAUCCUCGCCGGAGCCGCCGGGGAAUCCAGCCGCUGCAGGAUUACACUCAACAUCGGAGCUAAUCCCGGCGACCCAAAGUGCGUAACGCUCGACGCCGCCUCGUGUCUUUGGCCCGUUUCCUUUCAGUUGCUUGUUGCUCGGCUGGAGACGACGACCUCGCCGGGUCCAACCCGUCUCGCGGCUCCGAGGAGGAUCGCCGCGCCGAAUAGUUCUCCGCUGAAAGUUGAUUGAAUUGUGUUCCCGCGUUGUUAUUCAGGGUGGAGAGCGUGUCUCGCUGCGUCUCCAUCUGGCCUUGUUUUCUCACAAGUCAUCCUAACGGGACGUCUCCAUGGAUCACGUCACAUGACAGGAGGAGAAAUAACUGGUUUUUCUUGCAAUGGAACAAAUAUUUGCGGCGGCGCUCCGGGCCGAGCGGCAGCCGUCCAUGUGUGCGCCGCUCUGACCCGUCGACCACCCCCCCCCCCCCCAUGUGUUCCUCCGUGUCCCCCUGUUCUUUUUUUAUAUAUAUUUAUACAUAUACAUAUAUAUAUAUAAAACAUUUAGCGUUCGUAAGACUUGUAUACUUUGCUUAAAGAGUUGUCAAACUAGUUCUGAUGCAUAAUAAAAACACUUCCUAAACGUAAACGGUUACAGACGACGUUCAUUCAUCAGGUUAUUUACAGAUGUUUGUAGAGGCGGCUCCGGGCGGCGCCGCCGGGUCGGACUGCAGAUGUGCACCGGCCGGUCUGUCCUCUUUGUUCUGGUGCUUGUUAUUUUUUUGGGGGGAUUCAGAAUCAUUCGUGGCCGUUUUUUGUGCCAAUUUGUCGGAUCAGAGUUCUGUUCCGUUUGCCCUCCGUGUUUCGAGUCGUUGAGUUCUGGGUCGUCUAGCCAAGUGCCUUAUUGUGUUCCCGCGGGAUCCAUCCGGGCCUCGAGACGACGGGCAGCGUCCCAUCGAGCGUCUUCCCUCAGCGACCGCUUUUCUUUUUACCGUCGCGCGCGUUUGUCGCUAAGAAAUCUAAAUGAAAGUUGACUCAUCUGAACGCUGAUUUGGACGCCCAAUAAAAUGACCACGCAACAGAGGGAAGAGAGAGAGAUGAUACUCUGACUGCCACCACCAGAACCCCGGUGUAUUGGAGCUGUGUGUGUGAAACAACUGAGGCUAAAGUGUAUGUUGUUCUCUCUUUCCGUUCUGCUUGGAUGCUUAUGUUGUAUCUUUUACAGUUUUUAUUUCACCCUAAACAUUUUGGAAUAAUAAAAAAUUUAAAAAAGA